AUGCACCCGUCCCCAACACAAACAAACACGCGCACCCGAGAAGAAUAGAAAGUAGGGUGGGGUCUAAAAUGCGCCCACAGGUAACCUCAACCGAAGCCCAUUGUAUUGGUACACCUCGUGCUUUUUCUUCAUCAAUCGAUCGAAGGUUGAACACUCUGGCGAGACACCUUGUUGCCCCAUUGCUCCUGUUGGACUCUCAGACUCGGAACGAUAUCAUGUCUGCCUCUCCCACCUCCGGCUUUCAUGCCGAUUCCGUCUUCGCUCACAUCGAUCGCGCUCCCGAAGAUCCCAUCCUCGGGGUAACUGUUGCAUAUAACAAAGAUCCAAGCCCCAUUAAGCUGAAUUUGGGAGUUGGCGCUUACCGGACCGAGGAAGGCAAACCUCUUGUUCUGAAUGUAGUGAGACAAGCAGAGCAGCAGCUUGUUAAUGACAGGUCACGCGUGAAGGAGUAUCUUCCGAUUGUGGGACUAGCAGACUUCAAUAAAUUGAGUGCUAAACUCAUUCUUGGUGCUGACAGCCCUGCCGUUCAAGAGAACAGGGUUACAACUGUCCAAUGCUUGUCUGGUACUGGCUCAUUGAGAGUCGGUGGUGAAUUUUUGGCGAGACAUUAUCAUCAACGCACAAUAUACAUUCCCCUGCCAACAUGGGGAAACCAUCCAAAAGUAUUUACUCUAGCAGGUCUAUCUGUGAAAACGUACCGCUAUUAUGAUCCAGCAACACGUGGGCUGAACUUCCAAGGCCUCCUAGAAGACCUUGGCUCUGCCCCAUCUGGAGCUAUUGUGUUGCUCCAUGCAUGUGCACACAACCCUACUGGUGUUGAUCCAACCAUUCAGCAGUGGGAGCAGAUCAGGCAGCUGAUGAGAUCAAAAAGUUUAUUGCCUUUCUUCGACAGUGCUUAUCAAGGUUUUGCAAGUGGAAGUCUGGAUGCAGAUGCACAGCCGGUUCGUAUGUUUGUUGCCGAUGGCGGUGAAUGCUUUGUAGCUCAGAGUUAUGCCAAGAACAUGGGACUCUAUGGUGAACGUGUUGGCGCCUUGAGCAUAGUCUGCAAGACAGCUGAUGUUGCAAGCAGGGUUGAGAGCCAGCUUAAACUUGUCAUCAGACCAAUGUAUUCAAACCCACCCAUUCAUGGUGCAUCUAUUGUGGCUACAAUCCUCAAGGACAGGGACAUGUACAAUGAAUGGACUAUUGAAUUGAAGGCAAUGGCUGACCGUAUUAUCAGCAUGCGCCAGAAACUUUUGGAUGCCUUACGCGCUAGAGGUACACCAGGGGACUGGAGUCAUAUUAUUAAGCAGAUUGGAAUGUUUACUUUCACGGGAUUGAACUCGGAACAAGUUGCUUUCAUGACAAGAGAAUACCACAUAUACAUGACUUCUGAUGGGAGAAUUAGCAUGGCAGGCCUGAGCUCCAAGACGGUCCCCCAUCUUGCAGAUGCAAUUCAUGCGGCAGUUACUCGCGUGGUCUGAUUCUUUUGCUGGCCUAGUGAGACUCUGGAAGGCCUCUCCCCACAUCGGGGGACUCUUUCCAUUUUGCUAUUUUGUUGUAAUAAUGGCUACUUCAAGUACCGAGUGCUUAAAGCUGUCAGUGCUUCAUAAGUGAGGUAAUAUCUCAAUAGAUAUUUGGUUUUGAGCUUUAAACUCUGCCUCUGGGCACGUAUUUUUAUAGCUUGUAUUUGUGGCCGUGUUGCGUUCUAUAAUAGUCCCUCCUUUUCCUCUA